CGCUAUGCGACGGCGCCCUCGCUGAAAGCGACGAUGGCCCUGCGAUAGCGCGCGAUGCGGACGCCUCGCUAGCGGACUUGCUUUUAUUUCCAUUUCCCAUACCGAAGCACACGCAACAACCUCGCUCCAGCUUCCGAAUCCGUCACAUCGUCCACCUCAUCACUCAACACAAACGCCUUGCACGUUCGUCUGUCUCCCUUGCGCCCCGGACCAGGUAAAAUCAUGGCCGACAUGAUCCCAUGGGAAGUGCGAAUGUCGCGGUCGCGUCAGCAGCCUUACUUCUUCAACAAGGACUCGCAGGAAUCCAGCUGGACGAACCCUCCUGGUCUUUCACUUGAUGAAAUCAAGACCUUGCCUGGUGCAGAUCUCCUUAACCUCGAUGGCAAGAAAGUCGAGCAAGUUCGUGCCAGCCAUCUGCUUGUGAAGCAUAGAGGCAGCCGUCGGCCUUCGAGCUGGAAAGAGGAAACAAUCACACGUUCAAAAGAAGAGGCAAUCGAGCUACUACGCCAAUACGAAGCGCAAAUCGACAACAGCCCCGACAAAUUCGGUGAACUCGCGUCCAAACACUCCGACUGCUCUUCACACUCCAAUCGCGGUGACCUCGGUUGGUUCCAACGCGGGAUGAUGCAGAAACCAUUCGAGGAAGCAGCUUACGGUCUUGAGAUUGGCCAGAUGUCCAGCGUCGUCGAAACUGAUAGUGGCGUUCACCUCAUUUUGCGUACUGCCUGAACAGAAUUCAACAGAUGGUCAUGGUAUUUCGCGCGAUUGUCGUAGGAAGCUCAUCUCGUGUACCGUGUAAAUCGCAUUUCUCUACUUCUGUCUUAAAAUGAUAGGAAUUCAAUCAGUUAAAAGC